CCUUGCCACCGUCGCACAAGUGAAGGAAUUUUCGUAGCGCCUGGUGAGUUCCCACCCGUGGAAUGUGUUAGUGCUUCAAACCGAAAAAAACACCCAAACUAAUGUCUGGGCAUUAAAAAGUGCUACCUAACAUAUUAGUAAAGAUGAAAUAUGCAAGAAAAAGCCAAGUAGUUGACAAGUUCGAAACCUCUACCCAUAAAGGACCAAAGUGAAAGUGCGCUGGAAUCUAUAAAUACUCCUUGGGUAACUAGACCAAGUCACGACAGAGCAACCAACUAUUACCCACCUCCUUUGGCCAAGUGCAUGUCGUGCUGCUGCUCAUUGGUUUCGCCUUGGUCUGGUCUAGUUUUUGGCCUCAGCAUGGAGGUGUAGGAGUAUACGCAGCACGCCGACCACUGCGCAUGCCACAAGCCCGGACCCGAACUCGCACCCCCCGCCAAUCGAGGCCAGCAGAAAAGCUGGGGCACAAAAAAAAGUAGGAGGAACAGCAGGUGACACCUGCAGCACCACCUGCCCAAAUAAGGAACCGAAGGAACUAGAAGUCUAGAGACAAAACUAGCUAUCCAAGGAACACAAAGAUCGCAAGGAAUUCAAGCAAUCCUAGAAAGCCCUGAAAUCGAGGAAAGCCAAACCAUUCAGAACCCAUCAUAUUUCCAGGACCUAAAUACGAGAAAUUCUUUAAACACAUAAGAAACUAAAGGGUUUCAAGGAAACCAAGAAGUUUAACAACAUUUUCAAGGUACCUAAGGAGGCCAAAGUGUCCCACAAAUUUGAGGAGUUGAAAAAACCCAUGGAACGUGAUAAUUGCAAAGAAUUUGAGAAACUAGGAAACUGACAUAACGCAUAGGCAAGAAAGGAAAUUCAAGAAUUGCAAGGAAUCAAGAAUUUAGGAAAUCCAGAAAUCAGUAACAGAAAUGGCGGCAGUAGUCCAUGGUUGCAGCAGUCCUCGGCAGCGAUCCUGCAACGGCAGUAGUUCCCCGGGAGGUCACCAUGGGUCCUCCUCCGCCUAUCACAAUGUUCCCAAAUACUCGAGGGCCACCAGUCAAACGCUGUAUGCCACCACUCAGCAGUUUUUCGCCGGCAACAUGCCGGACCCGAGCUACGGCUAUGGAAUGUCCUCCUCCGGCGGUCAGCGACCACUUUCCGCUUCCGCUCUGCCGGAAACUGCGGCGGCCAGCCGGAACUAUUGGGGUCACCACAACGCAUUCUAUCACACGGGCGGCAGGCAUUACAGUAAGCGGAAAUCGGCCGUGGAAUUGCUAGCGGAAUCGAAGCCUUUCUAUAUCAAAUCGGAGGCGGUAUUCGAGCGACUGCAGCAGGCUAGCUAUCGCAACGGUGGUGGUAACAAUGGAGUAACCAGCGGUAAAAGAGGUCGCCGGCCGGAGGAAACGCACUCUGUGCAUGGUCACCAUGGCUACGAACUGGAGGACAGGCGGUACAUGAGUCUAAAUCACAGCCGCCAGCAGCAGGUGCAACAGCAACAGCAGCAACAGCAACAGCAGUAUCUGCACAAUCACCAUCCCCACCCACACCCACACCAGCACCCGCACUCCCGCCACGCCCAAGGCCAAGGUCAAGGUCGCUCAGGAGGAGGAGGCGGCGGCGGCGGAGCAGCCGUUAAUAACAACCUACUGCAGCACAAGUUGCGCAUGCUACUCGGCUCGGAGGCUGGAAAGGAGCGAAAUGGCGGAACCUUGAGGCGCCACGAGCUGAACGACGGGUCCAGUGCGGAGCUCCUGCCCACGGACUACGGCGAGGAGGAGGUCGGAGGUCAGGCGGGCGCCCUGCGCAUUCCCCCGCCCCUCUACAUGCCCACCCACAGUUUCGGGCGGGACGGCGAGGAGCCGCUCGUGCUCACUGAAAACUAUCGGCCCAUCAGCCCGCCCGCCGAAUAUGCAGCCAAAUCGGGACAGGCUCACAACGAUCGCUACAGAUACAACUACCAGCGUUCGUACUCACACUCUCAUGAGGUGCCCAAUUCGGGUGAGGACCGCAGUGCUCCGUACCCCUCCGGCGACUACAACAUCAAUAGCCACAAGUCGCUGCCGGACUUGCACACGCAGAUCAGUCGCCAUUCGCCGCACAGCGAGAUCCUGAGCUGCUGCAGCCGUGGCAACCGGUCGAUAAAGUCCGCCGGCGAGUCGUCGAUCAAUCGGGAUUCGGGCGGCAGCUCCGGCCACUACACCCAUCGCAGCGAACCCUGCUAUAAGCGGGAGCGACAACGGGAUGUGGCCGCCCCGGCGAGCGGUACAAUCAAGAAUUGCUGCACUUUGGUGGCCACGACGCGCCGAGAUAGUGGCUCCUCCACCCAGCACAGUGCCAACUCCUACUGUGGCUAUGUCACCCCGGCAGGGGAUUAUUCUGGGAUGAGUGGACGCAACACGGAGUGCUUGGAUUGCCGCUGCAAACAGGACACUUCCGCGAUGGGCUCGGAUUAUCUGCUGAAUUUCACGCCCACGCCGGAGGUUCCGGAGGCCUUUCAGGACGACUACACCCCCACGCCUCCUUCGCCCAGGCUGAAGACCCAGACGCCACGAUACUCGAGCUCCUCCAGUCAGCAGCUGCACACCAGCUCCCAGGGCUACACGAGCAUCAAUCACUCGCAGAGCUCGCUGGUCCAGAGCCCCGGUUCGGCGCCAUCCGUGGACGACAUCAGUCCGCCGCCCAUUCAGUUCAAAAGGCAGCGCUGCAUUCGCUUCAAGAACCGCAAUCGACUGCCGGUUCAAGGAGAAAUGGUAGGACCACCAGGAUCGGGUGGCCUGGUGGCCGCAGGAUCUGGAGUAUCUGGAGGAAUGGCCACGGCCGGCGGUGUCGGAGUGCUGGCCGCCUACAAGCAGCAUCGCGGCAGUGUGGACCACGAGAACGUGUUCUUCCCCAAAGGUUUCUCCUCGGAGGUCUACCACAACAGCUUGGACAUGGAGAGGGAGGCCCUGAACGCCAGCAUUUCGGAGCUGGAGAAGUUCUUCGAUCGCCUGGGCCUGAAUGACGAGGCCUUCCAUGAGAUCUACAGUCAACCAAGGAGACAGCACCACUCCGAAACGGACGAUGCCUCUGAUGACUCCAGCACGGUCUUCUUCUCGGACGUGAGCACCGUGGACUCGAUGAGAUUGCCAGAUAGCACGGAAACGCAGCCGCAGGCCACGCAGGCAUACCGACCCUCGGAGCCGCCGUCGAUUGUGGAACGCAAUGCCAGGAUCAUCAAGUGGCUGUGCAACUGCAAGAAGAUGCAGUGCACCUGAGGAUCGCCGGGGCAGUGCAGCUGCGGAUUCGGAUUUGGAUUUGGAUUCGGACGCUAGCGCUUCACUGGCUUAAUAACUCCACUCGACCACCCCGAUUUCUAAACGACUGCGAUGCAACAAAACACUGAUCACUAAUAGAUGGGUGUGGUGAUUUUGAAGGUUGUAAAACUGACACAAGGACGAAAAGUAUUCUAGGGGAAUCAAAUUUAAGCUUUUCAAAGUCAAAGGGUAUUUUUAAAAAAGUAAAUGGCUUUUUUUAAAUACUCCUUGACUUUGGAAAGCUCAAAUUUGGCUAACCAAAUAAACUAAUUACAUAUCUUAAAAAAAAGUAAUUUCUUAACCACUUUUGCUCUGAAAAUAACUUAAAGAAUAUUCAAAGCUCAACAUUACAAGUACUUAAAUUUAAAAUAACAAAAGCAACAUUAAUGCUUAUAUACGGUUAAUAAAUAUUUUCUGCUUCACUAAGAAGUAAAACAAACCAUUUUAUAGUCAGAGUUUAUUUAAAUACCUACAGAAAAGCUACAAUAAUGUAUUUGCAUAAAAAGGAUAAGGGCUUUAAAAUUGAUUUUGAAAUACUGCACAUAUAAAAUAAAGGUUACAAAUUAAACGUAUACUUUUUUAAAUACGAAAACGAAUAUAAUAAAAUGUGAAGGCUUAAGAAUUAUCCAAUAUGAUUUAAGACAACCGAUACAAAUAAUUAAAAGAUCUUAAAACUAAAAAAAGUUCAUAUUUAAAGCACGAAAAUGAAUUUAAUUUGAAAACACCAAAGAAAAUUAUUAAUAAUGUUUUUUUCUCACUACUUUUGCAAAAACAGCUUACAAAAUGUACUCAGAGAUAACUUUUCGUCCUUGUGUUUGGUUUUCUCCAACAAAAUUACCCAUCUGUCCACGAAAAUCCACAAAAACACUGCUCAAGAAGUACAAUUAAGUCAGUUGAAUGUUUCGAACAUGAUUAGCAUGGUUAGCCUCACCUACCUGUACAAUGGAACUAGGAAUUACGAGAGCAGGAGUCUCGAUUUCUCGAUUUCCCGAUUUCUCGAUUAUGGAUGUGCGUUUUUCCUCCUUUGAUGCGCUUGUUCUCGCGCAGAUCAAUUACACCAUUGAUAUUUGUAUUGCCAACGGUAAUGAUAUUGAUAUUGUCUUACGUAUACUAAUCAACUAGCAAGCGAUCGUUCAUAUUACUCUUAUACACAGCGGUAUUAUUAGAUGAAUUAUUGUACAAUUAGUUCUUAUAACUUAUAUAUAUAUACAUAUACAUAAACGACUAGUUGCCAAAGAAAAAACAAAAAAAGUACACGAAACCACUAAAAUCACAAAUUGAAAUUGAAAUGAACCUACCUAUUUAUGUAAUUGUACAUGGUUUGCAUGGCGAAUAAAUAAAAUAUUUAUGAUUAUCAAAUUAAUUGAAAUAUACAUA